AUGUGCAACGCGGUGUAUGCACGAGUAACCCUCUCGCCCGACUCGACCAUCUGGGCUUCCCACUCGCCAUCGCCUUCGCUGAGUUCGACACAUUGCCAAGGCCCUGCCGGUCGUCCUCCAUGUCUCGGUCGUUGUGUUGGUGGUUUCCAGGAGGCAAAUGAUCAGCGUCGGCCCACGAGAGGUGCGAACUUUCGUCACCAAAGACGAUGCGUUGGGUUGGUACGAGAACAUCAAGCUGAAGGCACCAAGGAGUGA